ACCAUUCGGCGGAUGCAGACGGACCGGCGGCGGAUACAAGUCGGCCGGCAAGCACCACCACCAAAAGGCAACGUCCGGCGGCAAAGAUGAAGGAGAAUGCGCCCUCGCACGACUACAAUCUGCGGCAGCGGGGCAAAGCGACGGCCGGCGAGAACGACGUGUUCGAGCGCAACUACCAGUACGCCUUCAUCUACAAGGCGAAGCACGAGAAAGCGGUGAAGGAGCAGGAGGAGGCCCACGCCAACUUGCCGCACUUUAAGGCCCAACCGAUGCCGAUCGGGUCGCCGCCGCGCCGUAUCCGGAUGCCCCAGUUCACCAUCCCGCACACGCCGGAGGUGUUGAAGCACCAGAACAAGAAGCAGGCGGAGGAGUGAAGCAAAGCAGGCGUUAGCUUAAGAACCUUAGUUAGGAACCGUGUCCGCCGGUAGGAUUGAUUUGAGCCGGAAGGAAGCUGCUUGAAGGAGAGGAUUGUGUAGAGAGGAUAGCAUAGAUGUGUCAUAUAAAUAGUUUUGUAGAACAAUCCGAAGUACAACAGUGUGAUAAACGAUUUUAAAGCUUGUAACAAUGUGGCGUGCAUCGAUGGCAUACAUAUUUUACUCUUCCCCUUGCACGCGUACCAGUGGGUCGGGAUUUUGGGCAAAUAAUGGCUAGAUAAUGGCUAGAUAAACUAAGCUUACUGUCUAAAAUAAGCUUUUGUUUUACCAAAUUUUUGCAGCACAAAAACUCCCACCUUCAGCGUUUGUUUUUACCGUUGACAGUUUGAAUGCUUUCAAACCACCUUGACACAGCCAACUGACAGCUGGCAACGAAUGACGCGCCGUGCUGCUAGAAGACAGCAAAACAACAGCAACAGCACCGAAAUGUAAACAGACGGCAGCGCAAAAGUAGCGGUCCAGCAUACCGCCACCGUCCGGGCCCAGGCCAGACCAUCGCCAGCCGUGGCAGUGAAAACGCACACGUACCCGGACAGUGCAACAGUGAUUUCCACGUGUGGCAAACAGGUAGUAGCGGGGUGACACACAGUGAUACAUCGACACCGCCCACCACCCUGUCCCAUCCCUUCCCGCAUGCUGCUGGGGGUGUCCACCGCACGAUCAACAGCGUACGAUGCAGUCGGCAAACGAAACCUACCUCGGGCUGGACCUGAGCACGCAAAAGCUGAAAGCAGUCCUGUUGAACGCUAACUUGGAGAAUGUGGCCCACGCGGAGGUAAAGUUCGACUCGGACCUGCCUGAAUUCCGAACGACGGGCGGAGUGAACGUUGGCACCGCCAAGAAUGAAUUCUACGUCCAGCCCGUCAUGUGGAUCAAGGCGCUCGACAUGGUGCUGGACCGGAUCGUGGUGCAGGGGGCCGACCUCAGCACGGUCGUCGCGCUGAGCGGCUCGGCCCAGCAGCACGGCUCGCUGUACUGGUCCCGGUCCGGGCUGGACACGCUGCGCCAUCUCGACGCGGACAAGUUUCUGCACACGCAGCUGGACGAUUCGGCGUUCACCGUGCACCGGACGCCGAUCUGGAUGGACGGCACGACCGGGCGGCAGUGCGAGGAGAUGGAGGCGGCCGUCGGUGGCCGGGAGCGGAUGGUCGAGAUAACGGGGUCCCGCUGCUACGAGCGCUUUACCGGCCCGCAGAUCAGGCGCAUCUUUCAGCAGCGCCCGGACUGCUACCGGAACACGGAGCGCAUCUCGCUCGUGAGCAGCUUCCUGGCGUCGGUCUUUCUCGGCGAGGUCGCCCCGAUCGACUGCUCGGACGGGUCCGGCAUGAAUCUGCUGGACGUGCGGACGCGCGACUGGUCGGACGAGUGUUUGGCCGCGUGCGCACCGGACCUGCGGGCGAAGCUGGGCGCACCGGUGCCGGCCGCGACCGUCAUCGGCCCGAUCGGUUCGUUCUUCGUGCAGCGGUACAACUUCAACACCGGCUGCCGGGUGGUCGCGUUCACCGGGGACAAUCUGUCCGCGCUGGCCGGCAUGAACGUGGGCAAGGAUUGGCUGGCGCUGUCGCUCGGCACGAGCGACACGGUGAUGAUGCGGCUGAACGCGCCCUCGAACCUGCAGGAGGGCCACGUACUGGUGCACCCGACCGACGACGGCUUCAUGGGCUUGCUCUGCUUCCGUAACGGUUCGCUCGUGCGGGACAUCUUCAAGCGGGCGGAAGCGAACGACAACUGGGAGAACUUUAGCGAGCUGCUCGACUCGACGCCCCGCGGCAACUUCGGCAACCUCGCGCUGCACUUCCUCUCGAAGGAGAUCCUGCCGCCGGUCAAGGGUUCGCUGCGCUGGAACAAAAACUCCAGCCUGGCGAGCGUCGAGCUGGCGAAGGGCGUGCUCAAGUACAGCUCGCCCCAGUCCGAGAUCCGGGCGCUGGUCGAGGGCCAGAUGCUGACGCGCAAAACGUACGCUACCGAGAUGGGCUUCAGCUUUGGCGAGAGCACGAAGAUCCUGGCGACGGGCGGUGCGUCCGCCAACCGGUCCAUCCUGCAGGUCGUGUCGGACGUGUUCAAUGCGCCGGUCUACACGCAGAAAACGACCGAGGCGGCCCUGGUCGGGGCGGCGUACCGGGCCAAGUACGUGCUGAGCGUGGCCCGCAGCCGGGAGGCACCGUGCGGCGACGGCAAGGGCGCGGUGAGCGCACCCGGCCCGUACUACGACUUCAUUGCCGGGCUGCUGCCCCACUCGGUGACGCGCGUCUGCGACCCGAGCAAGGACAGCGAGCAGAUCUACGGCGCGAUGGAGGAGCGGUACCGGGCGAUGGUGAGCUUCAUGAUGGAGCAGCAGGACUAGCCCAGCGUGCACUAGCUAGUAGCCUUGCCCAGUGAUAUGAGUACUUUAAACGUUCCACACACGCACCGCUUGCGAACGCUUGUGCAAGGAGAGGGAAAGACAGAGAUAGGAACAAAAACAAAAAACAAAAAGAAAAACAUUCCAAUUUACAGUGUGAUGCGACAAUAUGUGCGCCGAGUUGAACGCACUGGCAGACGCGUUUUCCUAUUUGGCAAAUUUGGCCGCCUGCCCCGGUUCGGUUCGCCUUAACCUACCGCCUAGCGAAAAUGACGGACCAAAGUAGACUAGGGAGCGAAGUUUUGCGAAGCGGCGAGAUGGCAAAGCAAGGCUCAUUUUAUAAUUUGAUAAUUUUUGUUACAUUUUACUCUUUUUACUAAAACCAAGCUUACUGUUGUUACCCGACGUCUUCUUUUAUUUACGAAUAAAAUGCGACUUAACGAUCAA